AUGUCUUCCUCUACUACCCUUGACAAAAUCAACGUCGUCAACGACCCUCGGAUCCGGCGCUGUUCUGCCACCAUCAAUGCCAAGACAUACGGAUAUCUCCUCGCCGAGCCUGAGGGCGGCUUUACUCGCACCGUCUUCUUGAUUCACGGUUUCCCAGAUUUGUCCAUGGGCUGGAGAUACCAGAUUCCUCUCUUUCUCAAAUUUGGCUUCCGCGUCGUUGCUGUUGACUGUAUCGGAUACGGACGAUCAGAUGCACCAACUGACUCUCUCGACGCCUAUUCCUACAAGUCGCAUGCCGAUGAUUUGGCUGAACUUGGAAAGCAACUCGGCUGCCAGAAUAUCGUUCUCGCCGGUCAUGACUGGGGCUCGGUGAUUGCCUCCCGUUUUGCUCUCUACCACCCUUCUUUCAUCACCCAUCUCAUUCUCUUUGUUGUCCCAUAUCUCCCUCCGUCACCGAAAUACAUCGAUACGGCUGAUCUCGCCAAGAUCGUCCCCACAGUUGGGUACCAGCUGCAAUUCGGCAGCGCAGAAGGCGUGGUUGAGUCCCAUACUCAAGAUAAGAAAGGUAUCCGUGCUUUCCUCAAUGGCCUGUACGGUGGGGCCACUCCUGAAGGCAAAUUUGCAAUGGACUCAACCCGCGGUUUCGACUUCGAGGUGGCUACUAAGCUGGGUCACACAAGAUUGCUCAGUGAAGAAGAACUGCAGUAUUAUGUGGAGGAGUACUCGAGAAAUGGGCUCCAAGGACCUUGCAACUACUACCGUAUUCGCCAGCAGAGCUGGACCGACGAGCAGUCCCUCUUGGCCCAGGGCAAAGAGGCGAUCUCAAUCAAGUGCCCCGUGCUUUAUGUUCACGCGCUUGCUGACCUUGUGGUUAACCCUGAGAUGGCCAAAGCCAUGGUACCCUUUGUACCAAACCUCAGCGUGAAAGAAGUCGAGGCAGGGCAUUGGGCUCUGUGGCAGAAGCCAGCGGAGGUCAAUGCUUUUGUCACAGAGUGGUUGCAGCAGCAGGGACUUGUUGACUCAGCCAAGCUACCUCUAAGACGGCGGGAUGUGCGAGAACAAAGUGGCAUUCAUGAGUCGGGGGUUGAGGAAAGAGAUGAUACACAUUCCAUUAUAACCCCCUCAAAGCAUACGCCAAAGGCAUUUCGAGUCUUACGGGGCUCUGUAUCGGCCGGUGGGCCUCUGCGUCCUUUUCGAUUGGUGAAGCAGGAUAUCAUCAACCUGCGCCGCCGAUAUGUUUCGGACUGGACUAUAUUUAACCAAUUGAUCUUCGCUAGCGCGGUAUAUGUAUUCUUCACUAACCUUCUCCCGGGGAUUACUUUUGCCAGUGACUUGUAUGUCUUGACUGGCAAGACUUGGGGAACGAUUGAGGUUGUUUUUAGUACGGGACUAUGUGGAAUCAUCUUCUCUUUGUACGUUAGAAUAUCUAUGCAUUGUGUGACGAAGUUUUCAAGGUAUUUCCUUAAAGAAGCAAAUACACCACUCGUACCCUUCCUCCCUUUCAUGGCGUGGUCCUUGAUUCAUGCGGCCUGGUUGCAUUAUAUUCUAGCCAUAAUCAAUGCACACGACUGGACUAUGCGCUAUGUGACAACAUUCGCCACAGAAAUCUUUUCUCUCCUGAACAGCAUCAUCUAUUUCCACAAGGCCAUCCAGGAGCUUGAAAGAGCACAUGACACCCUCUCGUUCGCCGCUUUCCUAUACGCUGUAAUCGGUGCUGUCGGAACCAUGCUCCUCGCCAUCUUUCUAUCCACAGCUGAGAGUUGGAAGCCUUUAUUCCAUCGAUACAUCCGAAUGGGGCUCACAGAGUACGCCGCCGCAAUAUCCAUCAUUGUCUUCAUCGCCAUGCCCCAUAUCGGCGAAUUAGCACACCUUGACAAGAUGACUCUUCCCGUCAGCAACUCCUUCAAACCCACAUCACCAGACCGUGACAAGUUCUUCGUUGAGUUCUGGACCUUACCCGUCGGAUGGGUCUUCGCCGCCAUAGUGCCAGGAAUCAUAAUCACUAUCCUCUUCUUUUUCGACCACGAAGUAAGCUCCAUCAUAUGCACAAUCGACAGAUACGGCACCCGCAAACCCGGCGGCUUCGCAUGGGAUAUCAUCCUGCUGGGCACAACAACGGCUCUCUGCGGGAUCCUGGGCAUACCGCCCGCCAACGGUCUUUUGCCCCAGGCUCCCCUACACUCCGAAUCACUAAUGCAUUCGGAGCGAGAACAGCGCACCGUCAUUAUAGAUGGCGAAGAGAAAGUCGAGACGCACGAAGUCAAGCGCGUUUACGAACAGCGCUGGUCCACUUUUUUGCACGCAGGGGCCAUCCUCCUUUUCGUCAGUCCGCCUUUCAUGAAAGUCCUCGGCUUAACGCCGACGAGUGUUCUUGCCGGACUAUUCAUGUUCAUGGGCGAGCAGAGUUUAUCGGUCAACCCUAUAUUAUACCGAACCUUUUACCUUCUUACUCCGCCAUCUGAACUUCCGCCUCUACCAUCUUCUCUUGCGAAGAAACCCGACGAUGCCGACCUUAAUGACAACAGCACCCCACCACCCCCCUCCUACAUCCCCAUCCACCUAUACACUAUCCUACAGAUCGUGAUCACAGUGGCUAUCUUCAUCGUCACCCUGACAAGAGGUGCUCCUGCUUUUCCCGUUAUAAUCGUUGCCCUUGUCCCCUUUCGCCUGCUAGUAAUGAAAAACUGGUGGCCGCGCGAGGUCCUCCGCUUCGUCGAUGCCUGGGCUUGCCGAGAAGGCACACCUGAGGAUGAUGAGGAUGCAGAGGCAAAGAAGGAUGAGCUUAGCGGCGAUGACAUCACCGGUCGUGCCGGCCAGGGUACCGAGACAGAUGGUAUUUUUUCCUCCCAGGUAGAUGAACUCGAAAGUAGGCCAUCGGGUUCGCAUCCUGGGUCGCCGGCUGUGAUAUCUAGAUCUACAUCUCAUCCUGGUGUGGUUGAUAUUGCGGAUCGGAGUGACUCUGGGCAGGAGUGGGUAGAGCUGGAGUAUCGGACGCGACAAGACGAGGAAUUGGGUCGGUCGAUCAAGGGGUGUUGA